CUCGAAGUAAUUACUUGGGAGUAGCAAUGUAAGACGCAACGAUUGACGCUAAACCUUAGAUGGGAAUCCAGGCACACAAAGAGGCACAGUUUGGGUUAGAAGGACGCGCAUUGACGAAUCAGAUGCGGGGUUUUCGUUCUUCAUGGGAAGGAGUUGCCGUACACAGCCACACUUUCCCAUACAAUUACCACGCACGGACCCCAAGUACACGCGCCUCGUCUGCCUCAUCUCGUCCUCUGUGCCUCUUUCCUCUCCAACUGCACAGUCCUGCGCUCCUUCCUCUCACUGCAUCUGCCCACUUUCCCGUCCCUCCAGCCCCAAAACCCCAACCUUAACCCAUCUCGUCUCGUCCCAUCCUCUCUCGCUCUCUCUCUCUUCGUCCCAAUUCACUCUCACUACUCUCUUACACUUCUGUCACUCACAUAUUAACUCUCUUUCUCGCUCGCUUCCUCUCGUUCUCGCAUCCUUCGUUCCGUCAUACAUUAACCUGCCGCAAUCCGGCUUAAUUACUGCCCUCCUCCCUCCUUCUCACCCUCUUCCUCCUCCUCCUCCUCCUCCUCCACCGUCCUCUCCUUCUUCUCGUCUUCUUCUUUUUCCCUCAUUCUCGUCCCCUACUGAGCACCACCCCAGCCCGGUCUCAUAAUAUACUCGAUAAUGUCGGGCUGUGCUUUGUUUGUGCUCAUCUGACAUUUGACUCACUACUGAGAGUUGUUUCGUCCCUGUCGCUCGUCCUAUCAUUCGUCUCUUCCACUCACGCCUUCGCUCCUCUCGUCUUGCCGUGUUCCCAACGCCCAGCUGGGCACCUCCUUAAACUCAGCCUUAAGGCCUCCCCACCCACACCCCCAACGACCUGCGACGCCCACCAUCGCUUGGACCCAUCUUUCGUUUACUGGCCUUUGACAUCCUCCAAAACGCGUUCACUUC